AUGCUCUCCUUCCGCGGCGCUUCCGGAAUGGCCACUCGACGCAUUCGCCAAGUAGUGAUUGCCCCAUCACGGCUUUCCACGACACCCCGCGUCAACACGUUGACAUGCAGGAGAAAUCUCCACGUCGAGGGUCUUAUGCUUGCCCCGGUAGUAUUCGGUGGCCUAUUCGUAGGGCUGUGGACGUGGAAGUGCUUCAUGAUGGUCGUCUUCCAGAACAAGAUCAUCUACAUGCCCGGAUUGCCACCCAAUUCCCGCCUGGAAACCAUCAAAGACUACGCUGAUCGAUGCGGUGGUAUUCAAUGGCGAGAAGAGAUAACCCAUGCCGCUGAUGGGACUGACCUGGCUCUUUGCGUCGCCGAGAUAGACCUCGGGAAGACAAGGGACCAGGCUAAGCCAGACGCUUCAUUCUAUGUUCUCUACUUUCAGGGCAAUGCGGCCUCUAUUCCCCCACGACUUCCGGACCUGUCCUCCGCGCUGUGCAUGCUGAAGAGACAUAUGUCGCAGGAGACCAGACACGUCCGCUGCACCAUGGUAUGCCUUAGCUACCGAGGUUACUGGACGUCUCGGGGUCGACCCACCGAGAAUGGCAUCAGACUUGAUGCUGCUGCGGCCGUCAAUUGGAUCUCGCAGCUGUAUGAGAAAUCUUGCGGCGUGGCAGCUCAUGGUUCGAGACGGCCAGCCAAACUUAUCCUCUGGGGUCAGAGUAUUGGCUCGGGUGUCGCUACCAACCUGGCGGCCGAGAACUCGAUGCCUGGAAAUGUGCGUCUGGAUUCGCUGAUCCUCGAGACUCCAUUCACCUCAAUCCGGGCCAUGCUCGAGGUCCUCUACCCGCAAAAGUGGCUUCCGUACAAAUAUCUCUGGCCCUUUCUCCGCAGUCAGCUUGAUAGUUGGAAGAACCUAGGGACCCUUGUAGAGAAGCAGAAGUCGGAUAACACCUCACCGGAAAUUUUCAUUCUACAGGCAGCGAAAGACGAGCUGGUUCCUGCUGAGCUCAGCCAGGGGUUGUACGACAGAUGCAUCGAGGUUGGACUACCUACAUACCUGGGCGACGCGAUGCAUGUAGCAGCCACCUCACAACGCAUAUUCCCUGGAUCUGCGUCACGUUCCCCUCUAGAAUCCGAUAUCAAGAAGAGGGAUAGGAAUCCACCACCCACCCCCACCCCCUUCCGCCCCUAUUUGCCUCCAGUCCUCCCCGAACGCCUCCUCGAGAUCUACCCACUUCGGCCUGUGCAGUCCCAACUCCCUCUCCACACCCCUGGCCAACGGCCCCAUGAUCUCAGCAAGCCACCCUUCCGACCGCCUCCCCAGCACAUGCCCCAGAUCCCCCAGCUCAGCCGCCACGCUCGUGACGGGAUAAUAGGGAACGCCCGCCUCCGCCAUCCGGCCCAGGGGUUCGGCUCUCUUGGUCCCGAAACAGGCGUCUCCACAUUAAGCGAGACACCACAGCUCGCGAUCCCGCCCCGCACCUCGACAUGCACAUCUGCGAUCUGCCGCUCCUGCGGGUCCCGGAACUGCCUGCUGGGGACCCAGACACCCGUCUCCGGCCGGUACUUCGCGCCCUGUACGCCCUUCCUCGACAGGACUGUUAUGGUAGCGGAUGCUAGCGCGCGCUCCAGCUGGACUUUUCCUAGGUGUGCGAACUGA